CGGGGUGGAUGCACAUUUGUGUAGCAGAAAGUGAUCGAAUAUCCUCCUUCCGACUUGAGAUGCCAAAGUUGCAUCUAGGUACCCGUCAAGAUGCUGGAACAGAUGGAUGUGAAGAUCAUCGCACUAAUCUAAAAAAGGCGAUUAUUGUAUCCGGUGGAUCAUUGAUCAGACGGACGGACUAUGAGGACAAAAGCUGUUGCAGUAGAAAUUCAAGUUCUUCUUCCUCUCAUCUUUCCCUUUGGGAGUCAAUUCACUUUCACACAAGCUUCUCCAAGUCACACAAUGGUUUAUGUUGCUGUUGCUGGUGGUCAUGGCGGUGUUGGCCGCACAACUCUGGAGGUGCUGCAAGAGUCCUCCGAUCACAAGACAUUUGUCCUAUCCCGCAAGUCCGGUAGCAAGGACGGCAGAACCAUACAGGUCGACUACACAGACGCUGAGCAGUUGGUUUCCGUGCUAGAAGCACACGCUAUCCACACGGUUUUGUCACAACUCGAAGACUACUUCAAGGCGAUUGAGGUUCUCAGGCAGUCUGACCUUCAGUGGACAGUCUUUCUCAAUGGUAUCUUCCUUGACUACUUCGGUCCAUCAACUCUCAGGUUCUACCUGAAACCGAAUGUCUUCGUGAUGGACAGGAAGAACAAGGUAGCAGGUAUUCCCGGGGACGGCGAGGCUAAGGUCACAUUUACCUAUACCUUCGAUCUGGCCCUGUACGUUGUUGCCAUGCUUGAUGUGGAAGACUGGCCCGAAGAAAGCCGCGUGAUUGGCGAUACUGUCACCUGGAAUGUAUUUGUCAGGCUUGCAGAGGAGAUAUGCCGAUGUCACUUCGAAGUCCACUAUGACAGCGUGGAAAAACUCAAGAGGUUCGAGAUAACCGAGCUGCCCGGGCAUCAAGCCUUGUACCAACAUCUUCCCAAGAGAGCCUUCCAGUGGUUUAUGUCAAUUUUCGAGCUGUACACCCUGGAUGGCUCGUCGUGUGCCACGACCCAAGGCUCGUUGAAUGAGCGCUUUCCCGACAUUCAGCCGCUUACCGCCGCGCUGGUAGUCAAAUACAAAUAG